UGGUCCAAACCCCGACGUUGAACAACUUGGGUUCCUCCACGGUUCUCGGCAACAACUGGACGACACAUCCGUGCGUCCGCUGCAGAAGUCGUCGCAUCCGCGACUUCACUUGAGCACCGUGACUGUCCUACAUCCUUCACCUCUCAAGUAGCUUCAACAUGCCGCGCGGUAUUCCCAAUGCGAAGCGCGAUGAAAACGCUAUGCGCUUUACUACCUUCCAUGUCCCCCUACCACCAAAUCCCAAGCACAUGGGUUCAACCUAUCUGAGGUCAGAUACACAAACCCACUGGUAUCGCAAUGCUGUCCGUGCAACCGCCGCCGGUCGGAAUAAAAUAGUACAAGAAGAACCUGGUCCGUCGAUUGGAGAGGCUCGACGCGGCUCCAAGGUGAUUGUCGUACAUCCUGGUUCCCGCGUUCUGCGCAUCGGGAGGGCGUCCGAUGUCACCCCUGUCUCCAUACCGAAUGUUAUUGCCAGGAAGCACAACCAUCCCGUGCCACGACCCCGUUACGUCGAAGGCAUCUCAAGGCCGAGGAACGAUAACAAGCGCGAAAAGCCAGUGGCAUCGCCCAAUGGUGACGAAUAUGCCGUCCACCUUGACUCAGACGAUCCGUUUGACAUGAAGGUCGCUGCCAUCACAAUCUCGCUCCGCGAUCGUAUGCGCUUCUAUAAACUACGCGUCACUCCCAAUGCAGCGAAUAUCGCGUCAACGUUCAAUGAGCAAUUCGUCCCAGAAACGAUAGCUGAAGCAAACGACCCGUUUCGUGUCGACUGGAUCCGGGAUAAUAUGGAUCAGUAUCUCGUUGGAGAACAGGCUCUUCAAAUUGCAGAUCCCUUCGCCCAAGACUAUGUCGUCAGGUGGCCAUUCUACAGUGGCAAAUUCAACACCCGAGACUAUCCUUCCAAUGCCAUGAUCUUGAGCGAUCUAGAGACUAUCAUACGAAGCACCCUGCAGGAUCGACUGGACAUUGACCCGAAGUCAUACGAAGACUAUUCCGUGAUCCUAGUGAUCCCAGAUUUCUAUGAUAGAUUCUACGUGGAGGAUAUGGUCAGAUUGCUUCUCAUGACCAUGGGAUUCAAGCAACUCUGCGUGCAGCAAGAAUCGCUUGCGGCCACGUACGGCGCUGGCAUAUCUAACGCAUGUGUCGUCGACAUGGGUGCCACGAAGACCAGCAUUGCUUGCGUGGAUGAUGGAGCCGUCCUUGGAGAUACUAGGAUGCUGCUGAACAUGGGGGGAGACGACAUAACUGAGUUUCUGCACGUACUAUUGCAGAGGAUCAGCUUCCCGUAUAAGGACUUGAGUCUAGUCCGCUCUUACGAUUGGAACGUGAUCGAAGACCUCAAAGCACGCCUUUGCACACUUGCGGAGGGCGACGUCGCUCUGAACCUGUAUGAUUUCGUGGUCCGUCGGCCAGGUCAGCCGACCCAGAAGUAUGGCCUCCGGGCGUACGACGAGAUUAUUCUUGCACCAAUGUGUUUAUUUGAGCCUCGUGUAAUUGAAUUUGACCAAAAACGAGCGGGCAUGCGCCCAAUCGCCCACCCCGACGUCACGGAAGAUAUUGUCGAACAGCCGUUAGAAUACUUUACACAAGCUAUGGUCAUCUCGACGCAGCACCUCCUCCCGGCAGCAAUGCCGCACCCAAUCGUCUUUGAACAGGUUCAGGGUCUCCCUCAAUCUGGGUCUCAGACACCGGGACUUGGUCAACAACCUGCCUUUGUGGUUGCGCCCCAGCCAGCAGGCGAAAGUGCUCCGCCGCAGACAUCUGUGAACACCGUGGAGUCCCUGACGGCCCCAGCCACCAAGACGGAAGAUGCCUCGGAGUCAGUGACCCCUUCAGCAGCUGGAUCGGGCGAUGUCGCGAUGAAAGAGGAGAGCCCGACUACGACCCUGCCGACACCCGCGGGUUCGACUGCACCCGCAACGGACAUCCCGGGCGCCCCCGUGGAAAUCAUCGACGUCGAUGCCAUGGAAGACAGGGCGGCACCUUCCGCCUUGCCAGCUGACCAGAUGACGCAGCUGCUUCCUCCGCAGCAGCCACACAUCUAUCCUGGGGGGUACACCAUCGACGUGUGUUUCGAAGCGAGCAAGCUCCCGCUGGACGUCGCCAUAUUCAAUAGCGCACGGGCUGCGGGCGGAGAUGAGAAGAUCCGCAAAUAUCUGCAGGCCGUCUUGGUGAUCGGCGGGACGGCCCUCGUCCCAGGCAUGGCACAUGCAUUGGAGAGCAGAUUGCAGGCCAUUGCCACGCCACUCGUACCCAAUAUGGAGAAGGUGCAGAUUAUCCCUCCGCCCAAGGACGUCGACCCGAGGGUGCUUGCAUGGAAGGGUGCCGCUGUUCUCGGCAAGAUGGACACGGUAUCUGACCUCUGGAUCACAGCUGUAGAUUGGGAUAUCCUUGGAAUGCGCGGGCUCAAGGAGCGAUGCUUCUAUUUGUAAGGUUCAUAAAUGACGUCUUUGCGAAGACGAUGCUUGUUGUCGGUAAUGUCAUUAACCUGUACACCGUUGGAAUGACCAUAUGGCACC